AUGGCAACAGAUUCGAGCAAGGAUAUUAAGACCUUCGGGUUUAUCGGACUUGGUCUGAUGGGCAAGCCAAUGUCCAUCAACCUCGCCUCAAAGCUUGAAGCCGACCAACAUUUGUUCGUGUAUGAUCUAGUCGAAUCCGCUGUGUCUGAAGUGUGCGAGUCUGCGCCAGACCGUGUGUCGCCUUGUCAGUCAGCACAGGAUGUCGCAAAUAAAGCAGACUUUAUCAUCACUAUGCUUCCUGAAGGUAAGCAUGUCAAAAUUGUGUACAUCGAUGGACCUCAGAACAUCUGUUCGGCACAAUUAGACGGCAAGACACUGGUAGACUGCUCCACCAUUGAUGCCGCGACAACUUUGUCAGUCAAGGACCAUCUGGGGCAGCACUUUCCUCAAACAAGUUUCUAUGAUGCACCUGUUAGCGGAGGAACCUUGGGAGCGAUCAAGGCCACGAUUGCCUUCUUUCUGGGCUGCCAUGAAGAUGAUCCAAACCUUCCGACAUUGAAGGCAAUACUAGGAACCAUGGGCAAAGAGAUUAUCCCAUGUGGAGGUCCUUCGUUGGGCAUAGUGUCGAAGCUCUGUAACAACUAUCUUUCAGGCACAAUCACAAUAGCUUGUUCCGAGGCUUUUGACAUGGGUAUACGCGCCGGUGUCGACCCACAAGUCCUUUACAAAGUGUUCAGCGCGGGCACAGGCCAAAAUACGAUAUCUGACAAAUGGUGUCCUGUGCCUGGUAUUGUUCCUGAAGCACCUUCUUCCAAAGGUUACAAGGGUGGUUUCAAGAUUCAGUUGAUGCUCAAAGACUACGGCCUUGCGGCUAGCAUGGCCGAGAGUCUGGGAUCUAAACCUGUGCUUGGUAAAGCAGGUCUUGAGGCGUGGAAAGAUGCAAGCGGGGACUCGAGGUUCUACGACCUAGACUCGAGAGUGAUGUAUCAGUACGUCAAGGCUCGAGGCGAUGCUGAGUAG